CACACACUCACCGAUGCAUAUAACCACAUGCACACAGAGUGCAGCGAGGACCACUGACCUGUUCUUCAUCCAUUUCCAUCCUUCUUAUCACAUAAGUUUAUACACAGGACGCCACCAUGGAGAACUAUCACAAACCAGAUAAACAAACACUGCAAGAGCUGAGAAACAUCGCGAACCGACUCCGAAUCAAUUCCAUAAAGGCGACCACUGCAGCUGGCAGCGGACACCCAACAUCAUGUUGCAGUGCAGCAGAGAUCAUGUCUGUGCUCUUCUUUCACACCAUGAAAUACAAACCUGAUGACCCACGUAAUCCCAGCUACGACCGCUUUGUUAUGUCCAAGGGUCAUGCUGCUCCAGUGCUCUAUGCCGCCUGGGCAGAAGCAGGUUCCCUCCAAGAAAGUGAGCUGCUUAACCUCCGAAAAAUUGACUCCAUCCUGGAGGGCCACCCAGUUCCAAAACAGCCAUUUGUGGAUGUGGCCACAGGAUCUCUUGGACAAGGACUUGGUGCUGCAUGUGGGAUGGCCUAUACUGGAAAAUAUUUUGACAAGGCGAGUUACCGUGUGUACUGCCUGCUCGGGGACGGUGAGAUGUCUGAGGGCUCAGUGUGGGAGGCCAUGGCCUUUGCUUCCUUCUAUAAUUUGAACAAUUUGGUAGCCAUUCUGGACAUCAACCGACUUGGCCAGAGUGACCCUGCACCCCUGCAGCACAAGGUGGAGAAGUACAGGGAACGCUGCGAGGCCUUCGGAUGGCAUGCUGUCAUUGUGGAUGGCCACAGUGUGGAGGAGCUUUGCAAGGCUCUGUGUCAACCCCAUUCCCAGCCCACUGCCAUUGUUGCCCAAACCAUUAAGGGCAAAGGCAUUCCAGCCACAGAAGAUAAGAUGGGUUGGCAUGGUAAACCCCUGCCUAAGGACAUGGCUGAGAGUGUAAUAAAGGACCUACAAAGUCAGAUUACAAGCGACAAGAAGCUGUCCCCCCCAACACCAACUGAAGACGCACCUCCCGUCAACCUGAAAAACAUCCAAAUGCCCAGCGAACCCAAAUACAUACUCGGAGAGAAGAUGGCUACGAGGAAAGCCUAUGGUAUGGCUCUUGAAAAACUCGGCCGUGCCAACAACCGCGUUGUUGUCAUGGACGCAGACACAAAGAAUUCCACCUUUUCUGAGAUUUUCAAGAACAAAUUUCCUGACCGCUAUGUGGAGUGCUACAUCGCAGAGCAGAAUAUGGUGAGCGUAGCAGUGGGCUGUGCAGCUCGUGACCGCAACGUUGUUUUUGCCUCGGCGUUUGCCACAUUCUUCACCCGAGCCUUUGACCAGUUGCGCAUGGCCGCCAUCUCAGAGAGCAACAUCAACCUCUGCGGCUCACACUGUGGCGUUUCCAUCGGAGAGGAUGGUCCCUCUCAGAUGGCGCUGGAAGACUUGGCGAUGUUCAGAGCCAUUCCCACUGCCACCGUGUUCUACCCGAGUGAUGCUGUGUCCACUGAGAAGGCAGUGGAGCUGGCUGCUAACACAAAGGGUAUUUGCUUCAUCCGAACCAGUCGCCCUGAAAAUCCUGUAAUCUACAACAGCAAUGAAGAGUUCCGUGUAGGCCAGGCGAAGGUUGUGUACAAGAACAGCAAAGACCAGGUCACUGUGAUUGGAGCUGCUGUAACUCUGCAUGAGGCUCUUGAUGCAGCUGAGCAGCUGAAGGAAGAGAAAAUAUACAUUCGAGUGAUUGACUUAUUCACUAUUAAACCCCUGGACUCAAAGACAAUUAUUGAAAAUGCCCGGGCCACAGGGGGUCGCAUCAUCACUGUAGAGGACCACUACUAUGAAGGUGGUCUGGGAGAGGCCGUGUGUUCAGCGGUGGUGAAUGAACACGACUUCACUGUGGAGCGCCUCGCUGUUUCUCACGUGCCACGCAGCGGGAAACCCAGAGAACUACUCACACUGUUCAAAAUCGACUCUAAGGCCAUUGUUCAGGCCGUUAAGAAGAUACUCAAUGAUACUGCCAACAAAACAACAAAAUAAAGAGAGCUUAAUAGAGAGAGAGAGAGAGAGAGAGAGAGAGAGAGAAAGGCUGUUUAGUAGCUAUAAGUCAUGGAAACUGGAUUUGUGUUAUAAUCAGCUUCAUUUUUUCUGCUGAAUGGUGUGGCAUUGUGACACAACAAACCGUCCUAAAGUUCACAUCACAUUAUUUUAAUCAGCCGCACAUCGAAACAAUCUGGUGCUUUGCGUACUUUCACAAAAACAGCCAGCUACAUUUACUCUGCACUGUUUCAAACAAAACUUUUGAAUAACAUUUAAAGAUGUGGUUCUGUCGAAAAAGAAUUUAGGUGCAGUGACUGACUCUUGCUCCAAAAUGCUCAUUGAGACAGAGUAUUCAAAGUUCGCAACCUCUUUAUACAGUAUGAGCAUAUACAUGAACGUACAGGUAGCCAAUCAGAUUGCAUCCUUGAAGAUUCUAAAGCCUGUGGCCAGAAAAGUGUACAACAGUUAUCAGACGCUUAAGCCAUGAGCAGAGCAGCUGAGUAUGAGAUUAACAUCACACUGAUGGUUAAAAUUUCAGUUGACAUGACUUACUACUACUAGACAUUCCAAAUAAAUAUGAUAACUUAAAAAAAAAAAAAAAAAAAAAAGUUUGUCACUAGCAUGAUUUUAUCCUUUAACACUGGGUAGAUCUUAACAGUGUGAACUCUGAUUUCACUCUAUACUGAACCUGAAUCCAUGAGAAAUCAGUGUUGAGGAAACAAUAAACACAUGCUGGGACACACACAACAUGAACUCAUUAGAGAUUUUUUCAAAAGCUUUUGAAGGGGAAAUAAAAAAGUCAUUUCAUUUGGAAAAGUAUUACUUUAUACAAUAUUGAUAAUGAUGCUAUUUUGAUGGUUAAUAAAAUGCACCCUUUCUUCAUGCAGCGCAAUAAAGAUGUGGUUUACUGCAGCUUCAACAGCCUUAACAUUUCAUUUGCAUUAUACUUAUUUUAAGAUUAAAAAGAAUUUGAAAUGAAAAUAUGAGACUAUAUUUAAAUACCCGAAAGCAACUUUUUUUUCUAGGCCACACUAGGCUCCAGGAUGAAUAAACACCUGCUUCUGGUCUGUUCA